GUUUAGCAGGCCAUUCCGCAAACAUGGCCCAAUCCCCCUGUCCACAUACAUGCGUAUUUACAAGAAGGGUGACAUUGUUGACAUCAAGGGCACAGGUACCAUUCAGAAGGGUAUGCCCCAUAAGUGCUACCAUGGCAAAACGGGACGAGUUUACAACGUAACCCAACAUGCUGUCGGUAUCAUUGUUAACAAGCAGGUCAAGGGCAAGAUCCUGGCCAAGAGGAUCAAUGUGCGCAUUGAGCACGUGAAGCACUCAAAGAGCAGGGACAGCUUCCUGCAGCGUGUCAAAGCAAACGAGAGCAAGAAGCUGGAGGCUAAGGAGAAGGGCACCUGGUUUGAACUGAAACGUCAGCCCGCUCCUCCACGUGAUGCUCACUUUGUCAGCACCAAGAAAAACGAGCCACAGCUCCUGGAGCCCAUCCCCUAUGAGUUCAUGGCAUAAAGUGCUCACGGAAUAAAAAUGUUUGUAUACCCAA